CUUUCUCCUGAAGAAAACAUCCCACUUCUAUUGUUGAAUCACAGCCUUGAAAUUCCAUAUUGUGCAUGUCAACAACGUGGGAAAAGGGAAAGGGAACGCCGCAAGGUGGAUUUGGGCGUGAUCGAAACACAGAGGACAACAUCCGGGUGUCAAAAAGCAACUAAAGGGGGUGUCAGUGAGCACUAAGGAGCUGGAAAAGAGUCCGCUGUGCAGCUCCCAUGUGGGUGGCUGCUUUCUCGCCGGCAGACAAUGUCCCUUUUAAAAUGGCCGCGUCUGGAAAGGCCAUUAGAUGUGCAUAUAAAAUUUCCCCUGUGAUUAAUAGUGGAUGCGGCAGGCGAGCUACUCCAACAUGUGGCCAGGGGCCCGGAGACUCCGCCUCUGCGGUGUCUCGUUUCCCCCUACCAUAAACUUGCCGCUCUUUCCCACCUCGAGGAGGAGGGCUCACUGUCAAGCAGGCCUCACCAGACUUGUGAAAAGAGGCGGCCCGAGAGCCUCGGCCCACCAGUUUGACCGUCCAGCUCUACCAGGCCAGCCGGCAUCCAGUCCCAGAGAGCGUGUGAGGACCCCGCAGGAGCGCGAGCGACGACGGGGGUCACCGAGGCGUUCUGUCCUCACGCCGUCAAGAGGAUCUUCAUCGACUUUUUUUCAAGUGCGAUCAUGGACCAGCCGGCCAGCAGCUGCAUGAGGAGCGCCCACCCCAGCAGCCCCAUCUGGGGGUGCAUGAGGAACCCUCACUCGGGUGUCCCUGGCGCCAACUUGCAGUCGCCCUACCAGCAGGCCCCUUUCUCGCUGCACCAGAAGCCCGAGUUCCUGGCCUACACGGACUUCUCCGGCUCCUGCCUGGUGCCGCACGCCGCCGCAUACCCGCGCGACGACAGACUCUACCCGGACAGCCAGGGUGGCUACCAGAGGCCCGACUGGCACUUCAACCCCUGCGAGACGCGGGGUCGGGCCCCCGAGGCCUGCCCGCCCGUGGUCGCCCCCGCCGCCGUGGGGGAGGGCGCAGGUGCGAGACCCGAGCUGGACAGUGCGAGGGCCGAGAGGCUGCCGGGCGCCUUGCCCGGGUGCCCCGAGGGGGAAUACUCGCCUCAGAGCGUGGCGUCGCCUGACUCCGACAAGAAGAGCGGCGGCAAGCGGAAGAGGGAUGUCACAGACACGCCAGAGUCGGUCUGCAAGGCCGACGCUAACUGCAAAGCCCGGAAGGAGCGCACGGCCUUCACCAAGGAGCAGUUAAGGGAGCUGGAGGCCGAGUUCACUCACCACAAUUACCUGACCAGGCUGCGCCGCUACGAGAUCGCCGUCAACCUGGACCUCACAGAGAGACAGGUGAAAGUCUGGUUCCAGAACCGGCGGAUGAAGUGGAAGCGCGUGAAAGGCGGACAGUCGUCGUCGCCUAACGACCUGGAGAACGACGACAUGGACUCGGCCGCCUCGCCCAGCUCCGACUGAGAGGCGGGAGAAAGGGAAGGUGGGAGGAGAGCAGGAACGGGAGCCGGAACGCUGGUCAAGUCUCGCCUCUCUGCAAAGGAAUCCAACAAUUCCAAAGACUUUUUAAAAAAAUAACAAAAUAAAAUAAAUAAAAAUUGUGUUCCCAGGGAAAAGGAGACAGCAGAGUGUGUGCUUUUCCAAUGUACAUAGUUGAUUUAUGUCCAUUAUGAUCUCUGUUUUGUUUGUGAUCCAUCCAUCUUGAGUAUUGUGAGAGAGGCCUCCUGGAUGUGGAAGACUGGAUGUCCAAACCAUGUCAUCACCAUUUUUGUCAUGUGACAACAACCAGCUGCAGAGACUCACUAUAUAUAUAUAUAUAUAUAUAUAUAUAUAUAUAGUGCAUAUUUUUCCCCUCUCCAGCUCUUUUUUUUUUUAUUACUGUUUGAAUGUUAGCGAUAAAAACAGAUGUUGUUUUUUUUCUGUGCAAAUAGAAUAAAUCAUCGGCUAUAAAACUGGCAAAAUAUC